UGGUGUGCUUUCGCUUUCAGUGGAACGCGAUAACUGUCACUUUUCCAGUUGAACGGCUCAGUGAUUUGAAAACCAUAUUGAACAAUGAAAGAAUAAAGUUUAUUGUCUGAUGGGUGUUUAUAUUGAUAAGGUGUUGACUCUGUGCAUUACAUGCAGUGACCUUUCUAAUACUAGAUCUUGCACUGUAUGUUGCCAUUCGUAAAACAUACUCGUAUUUUUGUUGAGAUGCGGCUGAUGAUCAUAAAUUUGAUAUGGUUUAUGCAAGAAAUCCUGCUGACUCAUGCCGAGAUUGACACAAUUGCCACCAAAAAUGACCUGUACUUUCUCAAGAAGCUACUGGCCUUUCGCAUCUCGGAGCUGCCCAACGCCACUGCCUUCUCGGCCACCACUCUACCUACCAUCUUUACCACUGCCUUUCUGUCGUCCGUUGCCACCGAUGCACCGACUCUCCAACCGUUGCAGUCGGAAUUCGAGAAUUAUUUAGUUACAAACCUGACCCUGGACGGUAACAUUAAGAAAGCGUUUCUAAAAGCGGCACCCAAGCUGAAAGGAUUCGGUAAGAACGUGGGAAACAUGACUUCAGAAGAGGCGACUAGUCGGCAUCGUGCGCUUAUGGAGAUGGCAAUGGAGAUCAAACCGUUUGUCGAGCCGCUCUUGUCCGGCUUCGGUCCUAAUUUAACGGAAAAGAUAUCGUCCGUGGGGCAGCAGUUCUUCCCAGACACCAAUCAUACUGCUCGAGGUGGACGCGGAUGGGGUUGGGGCUGGGGUGGCGGCGGCGGCGGUGGAGGUAGUUGUUGUUGCUGUAAGUCAGGUGGUUGGGGUGGAGGCGGUGGCGGCGGAGGGGGCUGGGGUGGAGGUGGAGACAAUGCGUUGGCCUAUUAUCUGUUAUCCAAAAACAAUAACAGUGACCUGUCUCAGCUUCUACCGCUUUUGUUUGGAUUAAUUGCCCUAUUAAUUAUGAAACUGCCAACCUAAUCGUGCAACACGGCAGCAGGGCACUGGAAGGCAGUGCAGUGUGCUGGCACUUUGUAUCCGUGUUGUUUGGGAUAACCGGAUGUAAUUUACCUAAUGUAUAACAACGUAAUUAUUUUGUACCAAAGUUUUUUAGAUAAUGUGUUAAUGUACAAUUUUGGUAAUACUGGCAACACUGCGCUAUUUUUGGGUGCAUUCUUUGACGUAAUUUGCCUAUUGUAUGCUA